GUUCCGUCACUUGGGGUGUGGGAGGGGAGAAGCCCCCAAGCGAAGAAAACAAGCUGCAGAGCGGCAGACAAGACAACGCAGCAACCAUGGCAGAUGAGAAGCCCAAGGAGGGAAUGAAAACGGAGAACAACGAGCACAUCAACCUGAAGGUGGCAGGACAGGACGGUUCGGUGGUGCAGUUCAAGAUCAAGAGGCACACUCCACUCAACAAACUGAUGAAAGCGUAUUGUGAACGGCAGGGAUUAUCAAUGAGGCAGAUACGAUUUCGGUUUGAUGGCCAGCCGAUCAAUGAAACGGACACGCCCUCACAGCUGGAAAUGGAAGACGAAGAUACGAUCGACGUGUUCCAGCAGCAAACCGGAGGAUGUUCUCCUUAAAGACUGUUUCCUGUGUACAUCUCUACCUCCCCUUUCCAUGUCCUUGAGCAUCUUCAUUAUGCCCCAUUUUUCGUCAUAUAUAUGCUAUCGGCCAGUGGAACGCGUCAUGCCGCAAGCAAGCAGCCGCACAGUUGUUGUAGCUUUUUACACACAGUCACUCACUCAUGUCAACUUGUUUGUUCUCUCAGCAGUUGUGGGGUGGGCGGAUUUACAGUUCCUUAGUUUUUAUACCGCCAUCAUUGAUGGUUUCAGGUGGAGCUUUUGUUAUUCAUCAACCAGCCCUGCAUUUUAAAUUCUUUCUGUUAUGAAAAUGUAUUGGAAUAAAUUGAGCCUUUUGUUUUUA